UGAGCUUCCCGUUCCGGGUUGAGACUUGUGGGGGAAAGGGAGGGAGAAGGCGUGUCUGGCUUUCAGUGGAGGUGUGACAGAGUUUUUUGGUGGAUGAUAAGGAACGGCUCUGUAAGCCAUGGCCUACCAGCUGUACAGAAACACCACGCUGGGGAACAGUCUUCAGGAAAGUCUGGAUGAGCUCAUACAGUCCCAACAAAUCACUCCUCAACUUGCCCUUCAAGUGCUACUACAGUUUGACAAAGCUAUCAAUUCUGCAUUGGCACAACGGGUCAGAAACAGAGUGAAUUUCAGGGGCUCCCUAAACACAUACAGAUUUUGUGACAACGUCUGGACAUUCGUCCUGAAUGAUGUUGAAUUCAGAGAAGUCACUGAACUCGUGAAAGUGGAUAAAGUGAAGAUUGUAGCCUGUGAUGGAAAAAAUACAGGUUCCAAUGCAGCCGAGUGAAGGGGAAGGCGGCCUUCCAUGCCAGCGUUGUCUUGUCGCGCUGCGCUUCUUGGAAAGGCGCACGGCCAAGGGACUGUGUCGGUGACACUUUUAAUGAUGCAGACAUGAGUAGUCCGUGCUGGAAUCCCUCGUGGAACUGUGGUGGCAAGAUCUCUGCAGAGCGUCUUUUUUGAGUUCAUCUCCUAGGGCACAAAGACAACAAACCUUUGCUUUUUUUUUAAAAAAAAAAGAUGAAGCUUUUAACUUCUCCAAUAAACCUUUUAUUUAAAACGG